AUGAUCAGGUUGAAUCCAAGAGUUUGGGGUGGUGCAGAAUUCAGAGCAAAAUUUGGUGUGCAGAGGAAGAGGACUAAUAGGAGAGAGGUGAUAAGGGUGUCAAGAUCAAUGGGGUUACCAGGUGUUGAUAGAGAAUUGAAGAAGAUUCUGGAUGCAAAUAUGGAUGAAGUGGGUGCCAGAAGGCGUGCACGUGAGGCCUUCAAGGAUAUUCAGCUUGGAAUUGAUCACAUAUUGUUUAAGACUCCAUGUGAUGGAAUGAAAAUGGAAGAGUUAUAUGAGAAGAACUCAAAGGGACAAGAAAUCUUCUGCAAAAGUUGGCUUCCUGAUGCAUCCAGACCCAAAGCAGCAGUGUUUUACUGUCAUGGUUAUGGAGACACUUGCUCCUUUUUUUUUGAAGGGAUUGCUAGAAAGCUGGCAUCAUCUGGAUAUGCAGUUUUUGCCAUGGAUUAUCCGGGAUUUGGUCUUUCAGAAGGUCUUCACUGCUUUAUUCCCAGUUUUGAUGGACUUGUUGAUGUUGUUAUUGAGCAUUACUCAAAAAUCAAAGAAAAUCCAGAGUUCCAUUCUCUUCCCAGUUUCCUAUUUGGACAGUCCAUGGGUGGAGCUGUUUCAUUAAAGAUACACCUGAAACAACCUAAGGCAUGGGAUGGUGCCAUUCUUGUUGCACCUAUGUGUAAGAUUGCAGAUGACAUGGUUCCACCAAAGUUUGUUACUAAAGUCCUAAUUGGUUUAGCCAAUAUUUUACCAAAGCAUAAGUUAGUUCCAAACAAGGAUUUAGCAGAGGCAGCAUUCAGAGAUUCGAAGAAGAAGGAACAGACUGCUUACAAUGUUAUUGCUUACAAGGGUAAACCACGCUUGCAGAGUGCUGUAGAAUUGCUUAGAACCACUGAAGAAAUAGAACGGCGAUUGAAGGAAGUUUCUCUACCAUUAUUCAUCCUUCAUGGGGAGGCUGACAUUGUGACUGAUCCAUCAGUGAGCAAAGCCUUGUAUGAGAAUGCAAGCUGUUCAGACAAGAAGCUUAAGCUUUAUAAAGAUGCUUACCAUGCUCUUCUGGAGGGUGAGCCUGAUGAAGUAAUAACUGAAGCGUUUGAUGACAUCAUUUCUUGGCUGGAUGAACACAGCUUGAAACAGAAUCAACCUUCCUCCUAA